GAAGUUUAUUUUUUUAUAUGUUGCAGUACUUCAGCUGCUGCUAAGCAGAUUUGACCAAUACAAGAGAUGUAUUUAUGCAGGCUCUUCAGGUUCACUGUCUGUGAAAUCUGAAACGAAAGCUUCACAUCAGUAUUUACUUUCUGUAUUUUAGACUCAGUGGGUUGUGGACACCUUUUAAUUUUGAGAAUCAGUGGGACUCAUGACAUUUCUGCAAUCCCUUUGAUAAUUCAAGAAAAGUCUUCCAUUCUUCUGAAGUAAGCAACUAAAAUGCUGUUUCCAUUCUGCCAACCUCAUUGUGGUUAACCUAUGUGUUGCCAUUAAAUAUCAAACAGCUGAUGACUUAUCGUCUCCAUACAGAGCAAACACUGAUUAAGUAUGACAACAAAACUAUUUUCAACUCUGCUGACAAAGACCCUGCUGUCAAAGCAGGCCAUGAUGGAGGGGUUUUUUGUUUCACUGUGAACCAGCCAAUCAUGUCGUACAAGGUGAGGAUGAUGAACCAAUCAGACCUGACACACACAGUGGAAUGUAGGACAAGUUGGUGUUGGCAAAUCUGUUAAGUCUGCUCCUGCUUCAGUAAGUCAGAACUGAUGAAGACGCAGGACCAGAGGAUCAGACAAGACGAUGCUGUACUUUGUAAAUGUUUUCCUGCUCUGGCCUCUGUGUGUGGCACAGAGGAGUGAAAUCUCUCAGCCAGUUUAUUUCCGAACAGUGAAGCUCGGAGAUCCAGCUACUAUUGAAUGUUACAUAAAGAGUGAACUGGAAAGGAGAGUGUGGUACAAAUUUACUACAGGGAAAAGACUGCAGUUUGUGGCAUCAUUCAAUUCUCUCUAUAGUUGGAGUGCAAUUGCUGAUGAAUUUAAUGACCGUUACUCAGUAAACUCUGACACAAUCAACAAUCAUCUGAGUAUAUCUGCAACAACAUGGGAAGAUGUUGGAACAUACCACUGUGGAGUAAUUCACUUAAAUGAUGUUCAGUUUGGAUCAGGAACCUUCUUGAUGUUUAAAGGUCUAAAGAUGAUCAGUGAUUCUAUCGUCCAGCAGCCAGAGUCUACAUCUGUCCAGCCAGGAGACUCUGUGACUCUCAGCUGUUCUGUUCACACUGGUCAUUGUGCAGCAGAACACACUAGUGUCAUGUGGCUCAAACACUCUGAUCACGCUGCUCCAGAAACCAUUUACUCCUCUGGAAAUAAAAACAACACCUGUCAGAGGACUAAGAAAGACUCUGAAGAAACUACCUGUGUCUACAACCUGCUCCUGAGGAACCUCAGCUCUGAUGAUGCUGGGACCUACUACUGUGUUGUGACUUCAUGUGGACAGACACUGUUGGGAAAUGGCACCAGGAUAAUUAACAACUCAGCCAUCACCAAAUCAGUUGUACCAAGUCCAACCGUUAUUGCACUGAUGUUGUCUAAUAUCAGUCUUGGGAUUAUGAUGCUUAUUCUUGUUUGGAUACUUUGUAAGAGUUGGAGGAAAGAAUCCACAGAGGCGACUGAUAGAUCUCCUGAAGGUUUUCAGGCUAGUGAUGCAGUUACCUACUCAGCUGUGUGUCUGUCCCCCAGACAAACCACAGUGAAAUACAGUGGAGACUCUGUAGUUUACUCUGCCAUCAGACACUGUCAACAGAAUCAAGUUUAAUCUCCGGGAAUAUGAGCAAGUCAGCCACUGGAGUCUCCCGCCUUCUUUGGGAGUGUAAUUAAAGCUGAAGUCAGUAAUGUCAGAUCUUAGCAGCUCAAAUGGUGUGCUUUAAUACUGAGUGUCAGUAAUGGUCAUAUUUAUAAACCAACUAGAACCUUCCAAUUUAAUUUGAUUUCUGACAUUAAAUUCCCUCCUGCUGACAAACUAAUCUCUGGAGUGCUGUAUCUCUGGUUUUACUGUGCUACUGCAACAUGGAAAUAACAAGCUGUUAUACUUCAGUAAACAGUUAUUGUGUGCAAUAUAAUAAACAAAUGCAUUUGCUAAGU